AUGCUUACAAGAGUUCAAAGGAUAAAAAAUAAUAAAAUAUCCGAAGCUCCGAGAGGAGUUCAAGAUCAAUUUAUUGAAAUGCUCGGAAGUAUGAUUCCACAAUCGUGUUGGUACAAAGGAGUCAAAUUCGAUUGCGGUUUAUCAAUAUCAUGCGUAUUGGCUGGAGGUAAACCUUUGGAUUUAUGUUCUGGUGGUAUGAUAUGGUCCUGUUGUGUUUCUCCAGAAAAAAUAACCGUUAAAGAUCCAAACAUAGGAGCAUUACAAAACGCGAGUUGUGGUGAAUUAUAUACCAGAAGUAAUAGAAUUGUUGGAGGACAUUCAUCUGCUUUUGGUACACAUCCGUGGCAAGCAGCCAUAAUAAAAUCAGCUUUUUUAGCUAAAAAAUUAUCAUGCGGUGGCGCACUUUUAAGCAAUCGUUGGGUCGUUACUGCUGCUCACUGCGUGGCCACUACGCCGAAUAAUCAUUUGAGAGUAAGAUUAGGAGAAUGGGAUGUUCGAGAUCAAUCCGAAAGGUUACAUCACGAAGAAUUCGGAGUUGAAAGAAAAGAAGUUCAUCCGCAAUACAGUCCGACUGAUUUUAAAAAUGACGUGGCAUUAAUAAAAUUAGAUAAAAAAGUAAUUUUUAAACAUCACAUUUUACCCGUUUGCUUACCGGAAUUGAAUGCAAAAUUAGUUGGAAAAAUAGCGACGGUUGCCGGAUGGGGAAGAACGAGACACGGUGUCGCAACAGUGCCAACAAUAUUACAAGAAGUUAACGUUGAAGUUAUACCUAACGAAAGAUGUCAAAAAUGGUUUAGAGCUGCUGGAAGAAGAGAAACGAUACACGAUGUUUUCUUAUGUGCGGGUUUUAAAGAGGGCGGUAGAGACAGUUGUCAGGGAGAUUCCGGAGGACCCUUAACGAUGACUUUGGGCGGAAGAAAAACAUUAAUAGGUUUAGUUUCCUGGGGUAUUGGAUGCGGUAGAGAACAUUUACCUGGAGUUUAUACAAACAUACAAAAAUUUGUACCCUGGAUUGAUAAAGUCAUGUUGUAA